AUGGCAUCUACCAUCCACCUCGAGGCGUUCAUCGCAGGUCUCUUCAUCACUAUUCUAAUUAGCAUUUAUCUUCGCCCAAAACGUGACAAGUUACCCUGUCCUCCUAGUCCAAAGCGCGACUUUCUCAUCGGUCACGCCCGUGUCCUUCCCCUAGAGCGCGAAUGGGAAGUAUUUGCGAACUGGAGCAAACAGUUGAACAGUGAUAUCGUCCACGCUGAAGUCCUAGGUCAACAUAUUGUUGUUCUUAACUCGAUGGAAGCCUCGGUAGAUCUUCUAGACAAACGGUCUACCAAUUAUUCAGAUAGACCAGAUCUGACCAUGUUGAGUGACGAGGGCUUGAUGGGAUGGGGUCAGAAUACGGUCACUCGACGCUAUGAUGACGGAUGGCGACGAGCUCGGCGCCUCAUACACCAGCGUUUUUCUAAGACUGCUGCCGAGGAGUUAUGGUGCACCCAAGAACAAGAAGCCCACGAUUUUUUGAAGAAACUUCUUACUGAUGAUACUCGCUUCAUGCGCACUUUUAGAGAAGCCGCUGCUUCUUCGGUCAUGCUUGCAACCUAUGGAUAUAAACCACUCCCCAAAGACGAUCCGUUCGUGACCCGCUCCGAGGUCAUGGUUGAGGCCCUGGCGCGCGCUGGUUGCCUACUAAUUACCUUGUUAACAUCUUCCCCAUUUUACGACACGUUCCGAGUUGGUUCCCGUUCGCUGGCUUCAAACGCGAUGGUCGACGAGCCUUUGAAGUGGGUCAAAGAACAAAUGAGCAAAGGAACUGCGAUUCCAUCAUUUUCUUCUUUACUUCUUCAACAGUAUGGUGAAGAUCCCAUCCAAUACAACACCAUUAAAUGGGCGGCUGGGACAAUGUUCGCGGCUGGGGCGGAUACGACAAUUUGCGCGAUGGCCACUUUCUUCCUGGCAAUGGAGCUUUAUCCCGAAGUACAACGUAAAGCCCAAGCUGAACUCGAUUCAGUUAUCGGUUCCGGCCGUCUCCCCAAUAUGCAAGACAUGAAGGACUUGCCAUACAUUCGAUGCAUUGUCAAGGAGGUACUCAGAUGGAUCCCCCCUGUCCCACUAGGCAUUCCCCAUGCGUCAAUGAGUGAAGAUAUCUACAGGGGCUAUCGAAUCCCCGCGGGGAGCAUUGUGAUGGGCAACACAUGGGCAAUCACGCGUAAUCCAGCUGUCUAUCCCGAACCUGAGAAGUUCAAUCCGGACCGGUUCCUUGAUGGUACUGUACCAGAUGCCCCUGUCUUUGGGUUCGGACGCAGAAUCUGUCCUGGACAAUACUUUGCGGAGGCAUCUCUACUUUUGGCUAUCUCGCAUGUUCUCCUCACUCUCGAUGUCGACAUGGCUCUUGGUGCUGACGGGAAGGAAAUCGUACCUCCGGUUGAAACCACCGGCGACUCAUUAUUAUGUAUUCCCAAGGAGUUUGGUAUCAAACUGACCCCCCGAUCCAAGGCGGCUCUCGAUUUGAUAAACGCUUCCACGUAG